AUGGCGGAGCUGAGCGCGGAGCGGCUGCGGGCGCUGCCCGGCUCCUGGAGUUACGGCAUCAGCCAGGGCGGCCGCGUCUUCUUCAUCAACGAGGAGGCGAAGAGCACGACCUGGCUGCACCCGCUCACCGGCGAGGCCGUGAUCACCGGGCACCGCCGCAGCGCAGACUUACCCACGGGUUGGGAGGAAGCAUAUACUUUUGAAGGUGCAAGAUAUUAUGUGAAGUAAGUGGAACGUUUGUCACAAUACCGUGAUUUUCAAUUAGUUCGUCUGAAUUGUCGCUGUAAUUUUGAAGGCGUUGCAAACUGAAUUUCAAUGUUGGGCUAGAAAUCCAAAAGGAGCAUUUCAAUUUGUCCUUUGUUUGCUGAAUUCUGCACAGCUAAAACGAUUUCUUGACUUUUUGUGUUAAUUAAAGGUGUUUGAGGAUGCAGUUUCUGCUGUGGAUGUAACCAUCUAGCAACAAAUGUCCUUGCAAGCCAAGAAACACCUUGAAUUUGUUUACUUGACAUUUGUGUGUGUAGCCUCUUGUGUGCCAUAAAUGCUUUCACAAAGGCAACAUCUUACUUCAUCACUGGGAGAAGAGUCUUGAUUUCAGCCCUGUUCUCUAAUUACAUUGUUUAAAGCCAUUCUGAAGGUUUAAUUUGGCCAUUUUCCUUGCAGCCCUUCUACUUCUAGCAUUUAUUUCCUUUUUUUAAAAUUUAUUUUCUUGGUACAUUUCAGUAUGUUUUGAGGAGCACGUUCACUGUGGUAGCCUUGCUGUGUGUAUUGUCUUUUUGGAUGAGGCACAUGAAAAUCAGGCUCUGUAGAAGUCCAGAGGGUGGAUUGGUUGGAUCUGUACAAACUUCUCACAAGUUUUUCCUCUCCAGUUAGUUAGACCAUCCUUAUCUG